CAAUAUAUACCCGCAAUGUAUAAUGUAUAGCUUGACAUCUAUCGAACAACAUCAAGUUCCGAAUCUGUCAAUCGAUAGCUCAAGUGAAUACCCGCGCCUAACACACAGUGAUAUCUCAGAUGACGUGAGGUAGGUGUUGACAGUCAACCGUGACAGAAGCUCCUUUGGGACUGUGUAGUAUCCUGCUAUCCAGGUAAACGUUUCCUCUUGGAAGAUAUUUGUCAAAGUUACAGAUAGCUCCUGUCAGGCGUGUGGAAACUGUCGGUGAAUAAUCAGGCAGUCAAUGUUCGUGACGAUGCCACUUACCUUUAUGUCCGGAUGACCAAUCGAGAGAACAACAUCAUUGACUUGGUGAUAAGCUCUUAUGAGGAAGAACUUGGAUAACUUGUUUCAAGAACAAGACAAAGGGUGACAUAUCUUGUUUCAUGAGAGGACAGCCAGAGCAUGUUCAUCGAUCCGUUUGACAUUUCCAUUGGUGACAACUAGCCGGUUUGCAUUUUUUAGGAGGGAAAUAACAGAGGAUUGGGAAACAGCUGGUAUCGGAAUCAAGCCAGAAAAGAUGACUUGGAGACCGAGAGAUUCACUGUGUGUUUUUAUCUGGCUCACUCUUCUUGUAGCUGAAGUUCCAGGAUAUACAGUUGAUGGCAAAAACUACAUCAUUGCAUGCCCCAGGUCCCAGUCCACAAAUACUGUGAAGUGUACUCUGCUUGUCCAGGGCUCAGAAGGCACAAGUAUCACCAUCAACGGCUCUGGAACUGGUUAUCCCAAAACGGAAACAAUCACAGACGCACUGGAGAUAUCAAUCAUCAUACAGGAUACGUCUUCAUCUGUCUUCAUACUCACAGUGACUACAACAGACGUGGUGUCAAUCUUUGUGCAAAAUGAAGCAAGCGGUUUAAUAACAAGUUCCUAUCUGGCUUUGGCUUUUGACGAAGACCUAAAUGCGCCCUACACUGGGGCUGGCAUGGAGAACGCCUUUGUGUCCUUCCCAGUAUCAUCACCAGAAAAGAACCUGUACGUAGUGGGUUCGGCAUAUGCAGGUACAGUAGUGACAAUUGCCCUGGUGUCUACUGGGCCUGUUGCGGUGCAAAGUGUAACGUACAAUAGCGGAGACACGAUAUCUGUGUCUGUAGAUGCACUACAAGGCAUUGAGAUUACCACAGGGGAAGACUUGUCAGGGAGUCUUCUUACCUCGGAUAAACCCGUUGGAGUGUUCUCAGGAACCAUCAUUGGAGAAACUCUGGAACAAACCCCCACUAUGUCCAAAUGGGCUAUGCCUACUCCUGUUGUCAACAUGGAUAUCUGCAAUUCCUUCAAGAUUUUGGCAGUUGCGUCAGGAGCGGGAUCGUUACAGAUUAAUGAAAACGAUUUUGUGGUUAAUGUUGACUUGCUCAAAGCUGGCGCUUACCAACACUUGCCCAACAAAACUUCAAUGGUACAAACACCAUCAUCCCUAGUCGGGAUGCAAUGUCGGAUUGGUGUAAACAACAAACCUCUGUUUCUAACUAUGGCUACUUUUUCGCAACUUGGAACUGAAUUCAAGUGUUAUACAUUUUCUGGAUUUGUAAAUACAAUGUACAUUAUAGCUUUCAAGGACGUCCCCAUUUCAUAUGAUAUAAAUGGAGAAUCGUUUAACUUUACAGUGGUUGACACAUACUCAGCUAGCACUGUCUCUACCUAUAGGGGGAGUGUGCCUGACGGGUUUUUUGUCAUGAAAGCAUACGACACCUUUCCCUUCUUACCAUAUGUCGUUGGAGUUACCUCAGAUGGGUCAAGGACGUAUGCACACGCAUGCGCGAAAGGUUCUUUGGGGUCACUUCUGCCGGAACCAACCACUAGCCUUUCAGUUGAUGUAACCUCCACGUUAGAUCCGGGUUCUGAAUCUGUCCUCAUGACGUCAUCGAGUAUUGAAACGUCUGCAGACGUCACACUUUCAUCCAGUAUGGAUAUUACGCCAAGUACUACACUUCAAGACAGCUCCUCGCAGAGUAUGGAGUAUUCUACAUCAUUAGCUUCAAGUCUCAUGGAUCUCGUGUCGUCAUCAGGGAUGCCAAGUGAUGCUGUAUCAAGUUCUACUCCAGUAAUCAGUUCCUCAUCUGCAACGGCAGACGCGUCAUUUGUGUCGACUGCUCAGGUCGCGGAUAGCACUGCAUCGCCUUCCCUAUCGACUACGGCUGCACCAUCAACUGAUGUUGCGACUUACUCCUCUCCUCUGGCAACUUCUACCAGCAGUAUCGAUGUAACCAGCUCAGCCAUAGCCUCUACCGGCAAUGACGCAAUCUACAGUUCUAUUCCCGCCUCUACCAGCAGUAACGCAAUCUACAGUUCUAUUCCCGCCUCUACCAGCAGUAACGCAAUCUACAGUUCUAUUCCCGCCUCUACCAGCAGUAACGCUGUCACUAGUUCAGUUGUGUCUGCAUCGCCCACUGGAAGCACCAUAACAUCGUCGGUUUCGGCAACACCGGUGCAGACAACGGCGCUCGCUACUGUCACAGAGAACAGCACGGGAGGCUUACAGGAGGUUUGUCUUUGUAGGUGUGGUGAGAGGGUGAUUUUGCCCAACGAAACCCAACAAUUUCUGGAACAAUAUGACAUAGAUAUUAAAAUAAACCUAACCCUUGAUGCCAAGACACUAUCGGCCUACAUUCGCGCUAAAACCAGCGCUGAUGACGAGCGCCCGUCUGCUCAGAACUUUGGCUACCUAGGUAUUUGUAUGUUGACCAUUACGUUUGGGUUUUUGAUUUUAUUGGAUAUUCUGAAUAUGUGUCAGUUCGUCUUAUCAAAGAAGAAAUAAGUCCCUAAAUGUGAAAUUACACAAGAAUGUAUGCAUGACUCUUGUUUCGCAAAACAUGGACCUGAACAAGAACAUGAAUAAGGCCAGUGAGUGCGUGAGUGAGUGAGUUGGAGAGUGGGUGGGUGGGUGUUUGGGUA